UGAGGAGAAGAAAAAUCUGAGAGCCACAAAAAAGAACCCCAAGAAAAAGAAAAGAAAUUCUGCUCUCUCUGAGCACUUUGCAGGCACCAUGAAAAACUUCCUUGCCUUCACAGCCCUUGCAGUCUUCCUCCUGGUGCACAGCUCCCAGGCAGUCUAUGUUCAGGAUGGAGACUUGAGAUUCCCCCUGGAGUCUGUGAAGAAACUGAAGGAGCUCCUGGAUGAGAAGCAGCACAUCAGCCCCCGCAUGGUCCUUGCCCGGGCUGUUUAUUCCCCAUGUGUGGAUAAAGAGCUCCCUGAGGAAUUCCAAUCCCUCUGCAAAAGAGAAGAUGCACCCCAAAUCUUUGAGAGGCUGAGCCAGGCUGUCCAAGACCCUGAUUUGUGUGAGAUCUGUGCCAACGCUGCCUGUGCUGGCUGCCUUUGAGGAAGGAG